AUGUCCUCCUCCUACGACGUCUUCCCUCCGCCGCCACAGGAUGCCGCCGCGCCGGCGUCGGCACCGGUGCGGCGCCGCACGAAGCCCCUGCCGCUGCCCGAGGUGGCGCGCGCACAGAAGCAGGCGCAGACGCGCGGCCUCGUCGCUGGCAUGGCCGCGGGCGUGGGCGGAGUCGCCGGACGCACCCUCUCUGCCGAACUGACGGCGCUACGCGACAGCGAGGUGCGCCUGGGCCGCGCCGCUGCCGACGCGCAGCCGCAGCAUGGCGGUGCGGCGGCGGUUGCGGCGCCGCGGCGGCAGCCUGGCGCUGGCGAGGAGGAGAUGCUCGCGUGGGACAUGCAGGCGGGCGCACAGCAGCAGCAUGAGGCGGGAGUGGCCGGCCUGUGGCAGUACCAAGAUACGGCGGCCACGACACGCGGCGACCAUUAG